GCAGAGAGAAGGGUCUCACACGUUCUUCUGUCCAUCCUGGUCUACUCUUGCGCCCAAUGGAUGAAACCAGUCAUCCUUGCGGGGCGUUGAGAUGCGUGAACGCUAUUUCUAUUCCACCAUCGAAACCGCAACGCGUUCGACAUCUCCUCAAACAAACGCUCUUUCGAUUCGAUCAUCCAGAGGACUAAUUACAGGGAACAAACAGUAACGCCAGGACACACCUAAUCUCAUACACACAGGAUCGACAUUAUGAUGCAGCAACAGCAGUUGGCGCCCAGUACCCGUAGCCACAUCACCCUUCGGGGGUCCACCAAGAUCAUCGUCGAGUUCUUUGAAUAUUGCAUUAAUAGUCUACUCUUCCAGCGAGGUCUUUAUGCGCCAGAGUAUUUUAAGAUGACCAAGAAAUAUGGCCUCAAUAUGCUCGUCACAACCGACCCCGCGAUUAAGAACCAUAUGCGACUGAUCCUGAAGCAGGUCGAAGCGUGGCUAAUGGCCUGCAAGGUUGAGAAGCUGAUCUUGGCCAUCAAGUCCAAGGAAACAAUGGCGGUUCUCGAGCGCUGGCAGUUCGAUAUUCAGAACACAAAGGAUCACACCUCUGCAACAUCAUCAUCAUCAGCAGCAUCUUCGUCCCCAUUCUCAUAUUCAAGUCAAUAUCACAAGGAGAAUAUGGGCUACUCAGAAAGCAGUAGCAAUAUUGGCGAUGGCAUGGGAACAAACGCUUCUUCUUUAUCAUCAUCAUCAUCAUCAUCAUCAUCACCACCGAAGCAGAAGCCUGAGAAGACUGAGAAGGAAAUCCAGUCAGAGAUCCAGGCCAUUCUGCGACAGAUCACUGCCAGCGUCACUUUCCUGCCAAUGCUCGACGAAAAAUGUACGUGGACAAUCCUGUGCCAGACUGAAAAGGACGCAGAGGUGCCGGCAACCUGGAGCGACGCAGACCCACAUUUAAUCCACAAUGCAGAGCAAGUCAAAUUGAGAUCCUUCAGCACAAACCUCCAUAAAAUCGAUGCUCUGGUCGCUUACCGCCUCCAGGACGAUCUCUAAAUCACUCAUUCGCUCACUCUGUUUGUUUGUCCGUUCCUUAACUGACCUUAUUUAACGACGCAAACCCUUUAAAAUAAAUAAAAACAAGAGCAUCCCUGC